AAGUAAAACACGAUAUUUGGUUCCUUCAUUUUCUUCAUUUUCCCUCUCGUGAUUCAAAUGGCGAAAACCCCAUAAACCCUAAAAUCUGGCGGUACUGAGUGAUCAUAAUCAUCAUGUUUUCUUGCGGAACGAAGAAGAGCAAUGUUCGCUCUCGCAGAUUGCAAGGUCGCGAUUCCACGGUGGUAGAUUCUCCGGUCACUCCUGCUCGAACCUCUUUCCACGAUAACGCCGUUCCCAAUCGCCCGACCACCGGCACUCCCGCUCCCUGGGCUCCUCGCUUAUCUGUUCUUGCCAGGGUUCCUCAGGUCAACAGAAGUGGAAAAGGCGACGACACAGAUCCUACCAAACCUGUUUUCGUCGGCGAGUUUCCCCAAGUGGUUCGUGAUGAGCAGAACAUUUUGCUACACAAGCGAAUUCCUGCUGAAGAUCACGCGUGUGGCGGGAUUGACAAGAGCACAUCCCUUGCUUGGAUUAUUUGUGGGAACAGGGUCUACCUAUGGAGUUAUUUGUCGCCUGCUUCCUCCGUGAAAUGUGUUGUCCUCAAGAUUCCUUUGAAUGAUGCUGAUGUUGGCAGAAAUGAUGCUGGUAGUUGGUUGCUUCGUGUUGUUAAUUGUGACGCCACGUCUGUGGGAACGAAUAAAAUUGCGAAACAGUGCAACUCUGCUGCUGUGGUUUUGUGUAAUUGUCGGACUCGGGCUGUUAUAUACUGGCCAGACAUCUAUUCUCAGUCGCACGCUCCGGUCACUAGUCUUGUGUCUUCUGAUGAGCUGGAGGCUGUUAUGAUUCCUGAUGGGAAAGCGUCCUUCCACAGGCAGCGGCGACAAAGUAAGCUGGGAAGUAGUUUGAGUGGAUUGCACACAUUUAACUCUAUGAUUGCUUCUGCUGAUCCCAGUUGUAAGUUUGUAUGUGUUGCCCUUGCGUGUAGCUCGAGUGGUGAACUUUGGCAGUUUCAAUGCACUCCUACUGGCAUUCAUAGAAGGAAAGUAUAUGAAAAUUUCCCGCUCCAACAGGGUGAAUCAGGUCAAAUUGUGAGCAAUAUUGGGUACCCUAGGUCUCUGACGUGGUGUUUUCCACAUCAUUCUAUUCAGGAAUCAAAUUGGCAAUUCUUGGUAUUGACAGACCAUGAGAUACAGUGUUUCAGAGUAGAGUUUGGUUCUGAUAUACCUAUUUCAAGGCUUUGGUCUCAGGCAAUUGUCGGAACAGAUGCUGAGGUUGGCAUUAAGAAGGAUCUGGCAGGUCAAAAGAGAAUCUGGCCUCUUGAUAUGCAAGUAGAUGAUCAUGGUAAAGUCAUUACCAUUCUUGUUGCAACCUUUUGCAAUGACCGGAUUAGCAGUUCAAGCUACACGCAGUACUCUCUCCUGACCAUGCAAUAUAAAUCAGGGUUGGGUUUAGAGACUACAAAUGACAGGGUUUUGGAGAAAAAAGCCCCUAUUGAGGUGAUAAUGCCAAAAGCUAGAGUUGAAGACGAAGACUUCUUGUUUUCCAUGAGGCUUCGGAUAGGGGGCAAGCCUUCAGGAUCUGCAGUCAUAAUAUCUGGGGAUGGAACAACAACUGUCUCCCAUUAUUAUAGAAACUCUACACAACUCUAUCAGUUUGAUUUACCCUAUGAUGCUGGGAAAGUGCUAGAUGCUUCUAUCCUUCCUUCUGCAGAUGAUUAUGAAGAAGGUGCAUGGGUUGUAUUAACAGAGAAAGCAGGAAUAUGGGCAAUACCAGAGAAAGCUGUUAUACUUGGAGGAGUGGAACCUCCUGAGAGAAGCUUAUCUCGUAAAGGCAGUUCAAAUGAAAGAUCUGCACAAGAAGAGAUAAGAAAUCUUACAUUUGCAGGUAAUUUUGCUCCUAGAAGGGCUAGCUCUGAAGCAUGGAAUGCUGGAGACAAACAGAGGACGGUUUUGAGUGGGAUUGCACGUCGAACUGCACUAGAUGAAGAAUCAGAAGCUUUAUUGAAUAAUCUUUUCAAUGACUUUUUAUCAUCUGGCCAAAUUGAUAGGUCUCUUGAAAAGCUAGAAACAUCUGGUUCAUUUGAAAGGGAUGGGGAAACCAAUGUUUUUGUUCGGAUGAGCAAAUCAAUUAUAGACACCUUGGCUAAACAUUGGACAACUACCAGAGGAGCAGAGAUUUUGGCCAUGGCUGUUGUUUCAACCCAACUCUUAGAAAAGCAGCAGAAACAUCAAAAGUUCCUUCACUUUCUUGCCUUAUCCAAAUGCCACGAGGAGCUGUGUUCUAAGCAGAGACAUGCCUUGCAAAUUAUUUUGGAGCAUGGUGAAAAGUUAUCUGCAAUGAUUCAGCUGAGGGAACUGCAAAAUCUGAUUAGCCAAAAUCGAUCAACUAAUGUUGACUCCUCAAAUUCUAGUUUGGAUAUUCAGAUGUCAGGUGCCAUUUGGGACAUGAUACAAUUAGUUGGUGAGAGAGCUCGUCGGAAUACUGUCCUUUUGAUGGAUAGAGAUAAUGCUGAAGUGUUCUACAGUAAGGUUUCAGAUCUUGAAGAUCUCUUUUUCUGCUUAGAUGCAGAGUUAGAAUAUGUUAUAAGACCAGAGCAUCCGUUAGGAAUCCAGAUCCAGAGGGCAUGUGAACUCUCUACUGCAUGUGUUACCAUAAUUAGGACAUGCUUCAACUAUAAGAAUGAGAACCGAUUAUGGUAUCCACCACCUGAAGGAUUAACACCUUGGUAUUGUCAACCUGUUGUACGGACUGGUAUUUGGAGUGUUGCUUCUGUCCUGCUUCACUUGUUAAAUGAAAUAUCUGGACUUGAUAAAACUGCAAAAUUAGAUCUGUAUAAUCAUUUAGAAGCCCUAGCUGAAGUUCUAUUCGAGGCAUAUUCUGGUGCUGUUACAGCUAAAAAUGAGUGCGGAGAAGAACACAAAGGUCUGUUAAAUGAAUAUUGGGAGAGGCGAGAUAGCCUUCUUGAAUCUCUCUAUCAAAAAGUUAAAGAUUUUGAAGAUACUCACAAGGAUUCGAUUGAAGGAGCUGGAGAGCAGAAUGAAGAGGCCAUAAUGAAGGUUACUUCACAUCUGUUAUCAAUUGCUAAACGACAUGGAUGCUACAAAGUUAUGUGGACAAUUUGUUGUGAUGUGAAUGACUCGGAAUUACUGAGAAACAUUAUGCAUGAAAGCCUGGGACCUAAUGGGGGAUUUAGUUACUAUGUCUUUAUGAAACUCCAUGAAAGCAGACAAUUUUCUCAACUUUUAAGGCUAGGGGAAGAAUUUCCAGAAGAGCUAUCCAUUUUCCUAAGGGAGCAUCCAGAUCUUCUUUGGCUUCAUGAUUUGUUCCUUCACCAAUUUUCUUCUGCCUCAGAAACACUUCAUGCAUUGGCUCUCUCACAAAACUUACUAUCUACGUCAGUUGCUGAAGAGGAAGGAGAACAGGAGUAUAUGAAAAUGAAACUAAAAUUGACUGACAGAAAAAAUCUUUUAUUUCUCUCUAAGAUUGCUGCCUUUGCAGCUGGUAACGAUGCUGGUACUCAAGUCAAGGUGGACCGCAUUGAGGCUGAUUUGAAGAUUCUAAAAUUACAGGAGGAAGUAAUGAAACGCCAUCCUUCCAUUGAAGAUAGACAACUUGUUGAAGCUCAGCUGCUUCAUCCCGAAGACUUGAUUAAAUUGUGCCUGGAAGGUGAAGAUCGAGAACUCUCAUUGUCGGCCUUUGACGUGUUUGCAUGGACUAGUUCCUCAUUUCGGAAGAUCCACAGAAAACUUUUGGAGGAUUGUUGGAAGAAAGCUGCUAGUCAGGACGAUUGGAGUAAAUUCCAUGAUUCGUACAGAGCUGAAGGAUGGAGUGACCAGGAAAUCCUGCAAAACUUGAAAAAUACUAUACUUUUCCAGGCUUCAAGUAGGUGUUAUGGACCUCAAAGCGAAACAUUUGAAGAAGGGUUUGACCAAGUAUUGUCCUUGAGACAAGAAAACAUGGAGACUUCUAUUUUGGGGGAUAUGAGUAGUUCAGUCCAAACAAUCUUGAUGCAACACAAGGAUUUUCCAGUUGCAGGCAAACUUAUGCUAAUGGCAAUCAUGCUAGGUAGCGAGCAUUGUGGUGACAUCAGAAUUGAAGAAGGGCCUUCCCCAAUGGAAUAACGUGGCCAAGGAUCAUUCCUUAACCGUAAUCCAAGUUGGUGUAGGUUUUGUACAACAUGACAUGUGGAAUAUGUAGUUGUUAUUGUUCGCUCCUCUCUUCCAUGCAUUGCAUUCACAAUCACAACGCAACCCUGGAUGAUAUUGGUAAAUGGUGUUGGAUAGAAGAUAUGCAGCAAGCACAAAUCCGCAAAUAUUAAAAGAGACAUGCUUCCUGUAUACGAUUUUAGCACACCAUUCCGGAAACCUUGUUUGGUAAAAGAAAAAGGUUGUGAUUAAUGUUUUUUAUAAAAAAAAUACAAAACAAAAGGAGCAGUGUAAGAAUGGCGCAAUUAAAUUGCCUUGCAAAUAACAUUGUUGAUAUUGAAAUAAAAAAUUAAUUACAC